AUGUCCUUGAUUAAUAUGUCGCUCGAGGAGAUUAUUGGCAAGAACAAGAAGUCGAAGUCUGGAAGGCUUGUUGGUGGCUUUCGCAGCGACGUUGUGCACAAGACAAGUGCCGUGAAAAUUGGCGGAACGCGUAGUUUUGGGAGAUUCUCUGACCGAACUCCUGCAGGAAAGUGGAAACAUGACAAGUUCCAAGACGAUAGCCGAGCUUUCCGUGUUAGAGGAGGAGCGAUCGCCAAAGUGGUCGCCGGGUCGAGCAAUCCCAACAAGAAAGUGCGCGUCAAUUUGUCAAAUCUAGGACCAAACGUCGUCUCUGCUGAUCUUGAGGAACUCUUCUCUCCAUACAAUAUCGAAAGUGCAACGGUUCAUUUCAACGAGCAAGGUUUAUCACUGGGUACUGGGGACGUUUUUCUGAAGAGGAAGGAUGCACUGCAAAUGUUCGAAGACUUUAAAGGCGUCUCUCUUGACGGUAAAUUGAUAAAGAUGUUAAUUGUUGAUGGAGGAGAAGGGGUAGCUAAUGGAAUUGAAAGUCGUCUCAGUAAACUACCUCGUCAACGUGGUGUGCAGAAAAAAUACAAGAGGAGUCCAGUUCGUGCUUCAUCGUUUCUUGACCGUAUUGUCGAUGAUAAACCGAGAAGAAGUGGACGUAGGGCAUUUGGAAGACGUGACAGGAAACCACAGAAGACAGUAGCUGAGUUAGAUGCUGAGUUGGACUCCUACAUGAAAAAGGGAAGACCCAUGGAUCUGUGA